UCCUCCUCAAUUCUCGGCAGAUUUCGUUCGCGACUUCGCGUUCAUUCCCAUCAGUGGAGCUUCAUGGACGGGCAGGAAUGGCUGGAUCACGGAGACUUGAUCAUUUGUUCACGGCUUUAUGUGUGUUUCUGUGCUGUAGAGCUUCGGUGGACGGAGGAAAGAGAGGAAACUCGGAAAAAUGCAACUACAAGGGAACGCAGUCGUCCAGCGCCGAUGAGAGCGGUCGCAAACUCGCAGUCACGUUUCGAAACGACAAUUGCUCUCUCAACUGGAAUCUGCUGGGGAAACACGCCAUCCAUGAAGUGAGCAACAUCACCUACAGUCACUUGUCAUGUGACAGCCAGGCGGCUGUGGUGGUCCACUGGAUGGCCAGUCCUCUCGGUAUUGAACACGUGAAAGGAUUCAGAGUGUAUCUGGAGGACAAGAAUCCUGAGGGAAAACAGUGCCAGCACAUGAUCCUGAAGGAUCCCCGGCAGCUUAACUUCUCUUACAAAACCAUUAGGAUGAGCUCACAGCCCUUCGCCGGUCUGUCUUUCGAGGCCGAUUACAUGGUCCGGAUCGUGCCGUUUCCCACGUUCCUGAACGACAGCUUCUUUCCACCGUCUUUUCUGCGCACUAACACUUGUGAAGUGCUUCUUGGCUCGGAUAACCUCGUCUGCAAACCAUUUUGGAAGCCCAAGAUGCUGAAUGUUUCUCAACUAGGAUCUAAUUUGCAUGUUGUGUUUGACCACGCCCCUUCCACAUUCGGCUUCUCCAUCUACUACCUGUAUUACAAGCUCAGGCAGGAGGGGCCCUUCAGACUCAAGCGCUGCAAACCUGAGCAAAAUGGCUUCAAAACAACAUGUGUUUUACAAGACGUCACUCCAGGGACAUAUGCAAUAGAGCUUCGUGACGACAACAACACCACCAGAAGACAGACGCAGUACCACGUGAGCCAAGUGCAUUCCCCGUGGGCUGGCCCGAUCCGAGCCAUGGCCAUCACCGUCCCGCUCGUCAUCAUGUCGGCCUUCGCCACCCUCUUCACCGUCAUGUGUCGCAAGAAACAGCAAGAAAACAUCUACUCCCACCUGGACGAGGAGAGCUCGGAGUCGUCGUCUCUGACCACAGCGCUGAGCGCCGACAGGCCCUGGCCCAGACCCAAGAUCUUCAUCUGUUACUCCAGCAGAGACGGCCCCAAACACCUCGCUGUCAUCCAGAGCUUCGCCUUCUUCCUGCAGGACUUCUGCGGGUGUGAGGUGUCUCUGGAUCUGUGGGAGCACCUGGAGAUCUGUAAGGAGGGUCAGAUGGCGUGGCUGAGCCGGCGUAUCGACGAGGCUCACUUCAUCAUCACCGUCUGCUCCAGAGGGCUGAAGUAUUUCGUGGAGAAGAGACACCGGAAGGGCAAGGCCACGUCGAAGGAGAACAACCGCGAGCCGAGCGCGAGCGGAGACGGCGGGAACAGCAGGGAUCUGUUCAUCGUAGCCGCGGCCAUCGUCUCCGAGAAGAUCCGAGACGCGCAUCAGAAGUCGUCCGACCUCUCGCGCUUCAUGGCGGUUUACUUCGACUACUCUCACGAGAGCGACGUGCCGACGUCCCUCAGCCUGGCGCCCAAGCUAAAGCUAAUGGAUCAGCUUCCUCAACUCUUCGCGCGGCUCCAUUCCCGCCAGCUUAGCCUGACCGACCGCGAGCCGCAGCCGCCCAACGUCAGCAAACGCAACUACUUCCGGAGCAAAUCGGGCCGCUCGCUUUACGUGGCCAUCUGUAACAUGCACCAGCACAUCGAUCAGGAGCCCGACUGGUUCGAGAAGCAGCUCACGCCGGCGCCGAACAAGCGUCCCGCUCCGCUUCCCGAAUCCGGGCUCGUCCUGAACGAGGUGAAACUGAAACACCCCUCGGAGAGCGACUGCCCGGUGAGGGUCCUCUCGCUGAGUUUGUCCCGGGACGAGCUCGGGGAAGGGUCGUCGGGUCAGGACGUGGGUUUGUCCGGGCCGGCUCCGGUUCUUCACAUGGACGGAUCCGCCAGUCCAGCGGAGAUGCCCAGAGACUCCGGGAUCUACGACUCGUCCGUGCCCUCGUCCGAACUCUCCAUCCCGCUGAUGGAGGGACUCUCGCCGGAUCACGCCGACACCUCGUCUCUGGCCGACAGCGUGUCCUCCUCCUCGGGACUCGGAGACGAGGAGGCCCCUGCCGUCAGCUCUCUGCACUGCUCAGGACACACCAUCUGUAAGGCAGAGCUUCACAACAUCCACCAUCACAGUGAAGGACUCGUAACCACAGCCUCCACCUAGUGGCCAUUCACUGAACUUGCAUCGCCACUUUAAUUCUAUUGAUGCCAAGCUGCCAACGUCACAUCACAAGCCCUUCAUCAGGGACCAGAUCUUGAGGGAUUGGACAUCGCAGUGUUUGUCGAGGCGCUUUUUAACCAAAGUGGUUGUGUACUAGGUAUGCAACCGAGUUUGUGUUUGCAUUACAGCUGUGUGUGUUACUACAGAAGAACCGAUGUCAUUCAGACCUUCGUGCCUUAACUGGGUUUCCGUGAACCUGAAUGCGCGAGUCGUUUAACAUGUCAUUUCACUUUUAUUUAUUGCAUUAACAGCUCCAGGAUAACAUGUGUAGAUCAGCUCUUUGUGUUCGUCACAUUAGCCCUGGGAUCGUUUCACUGAAGAACAAGCACAUCAAGAGCUUUUUAAUGAUUUUAGGCCUUUUUUUAAAAAAACGGACCUUAAAAAAUGCAUAAACCCAUUAGCGUAGGUUAUGGCAAAGGGAUGUACAAGCUGAGAAAAUUGAGAUGUGCCAUUUAUUUCUGAAACAGUUUUAUUUGUGUACUCGGUUUUAUCCAGGUUUUGUACAAUUUUUAUUAGAAUUAUUAGAAGUGAUUUCUACAUUAUCUAAACUUUGUACUGUUUUAUAGUACUCUAAUGUAGGAGAUACGACUUAAUAAAACUAAGAUUUAUA